AUGUGGUUCAGUAGUAUCGUGUUGGCGUGCCUGCUCGCCUUGAGUCCACAUGUGCAGGCAGCCAGAUCCCAGCRGCAGCGGCGAGCGGAGGGCAGUCCGUAUCUCGUCUUGCCACCGGGCAUGAACGAUGGUGCUGGCAGUGGCAAAGCUCCAGAGGCUCUAGGCGAGCGAGAAUUUACGCUGCGCCAUGUCUACCACCGCGGGUCCCAUCAGUUCCCGGAUCUCCACCGAUACGUCGACGUACCUCAAAAUGCAAGAUUAAGAGUCUCGGAUGAUUAUGGAAAGACAUUCGAAGCAGCACCAAAAGAGCUUACAGCCAAAGCCUCUUCGCUGAAUAUCGAGAGGCUGGCAAAGAGGAAGCCAUCGGAUAUCAACAACUUGUUGGAGUAUGCAUACAUUCAUGGAGAACCAGCUAGUCUCCCGUCAACAGCGUGGACAGAAGAUGUGGUCGCUGGGCCCAACAUCUCCGAUAAGAGCACCAUCAUAACAUUUGCCAAGAUGGCYGCAAACGCAUACUAUCUCGAUCCAUCAGACUCCAACUGGAGGGACGUUAAAGGCGGCUUCAACUACACGGAUGACUUUGGUUGGGAAGCUGAUGGACUUCGCGGUCACAUCUUCGCAGACCAGAAGAACACUACUGUUGUGAUUGGACUGAAAGGAACAUCUCCCGCCGUUUUCGAUGGCAUCGACACGACUGGAAACGAUAAGCUGAAUGACAAUUUAUUCGGAUCCUGCUGUUGUGGUCAAGGUGGACAGAUCUUAUGGAAGUCUGUCUGCGAUUGCAUGACCGGAACCUACUCGUGCAACAAUACAUGUUUGGUUAAGAGCCUGCGCCAAAAGAGUCACUACUACUGGGCAGUCAGGGAUCUCUACCAUAACGUGACGGAGAGAUACCCCAAUUCGGAUGUCUGGCUGUCUGGACACUCACUCGGAGGCGUGGUCAGCUCUCUGUUGGGCUUGACCUAUGGCCUGCCGACAAUCACCUUUGAAGCCUUUCCAGACGCAUUGGCGGCCUCUCGUCUCGGUCUACCUACGCCGCCCAACUACAAGAUUGGAUCCCACCAAUCGCGAUCGAAUCUAGGCAUCACCCACAUUGGACAUACAGCCGACCCUAUCUUCAUGGGAACGUGCAACUCCGCCUCUUCAUUCUGCACCAUCGCGGGCUACGCAUUCCAAGGCGUGUGUCACACAGGCCAGACCUGCAUAUACGACACAGUAGGUGAUCUAGGAUGGCGCGUGGGAAUAGGCACGCAUAAGAUUGUGAACGUCAUCCACGAUGUGCUUGAAAAGUACGACACAGUACCAGCUCCCGAAACAGACGUUGACUGCCAGGAUUGCUACAACUGGAAGUUCUACGAAAGCAACGGGACAGAAACGACGACAACUACAACUUCCAGCACAAGUACAUCGACCUCUCGAACGAGGACGGAGACGUGCAAGACGCCAGGAUGGUGGGGAUGUCUUGACGAGUCCACCACAACAGGAGCUACGACGACGACAUCAACAUCAUCAUCGAGCACCUCUUCGACUUCAACGAGUACUUGUAMGACUCCAGGCUGGUUUGGCUGCAAGGACCCUAUCACGACGACUUCAGCUGCCACCAUCACAACAACCACAACCCCUGCUCCAGGCUCUAGCGUCGUUACCACRAUAACGAGCACUAGUACGAGCACCUGCAAGACUCCCGGCUACUUUUUCGGUUGUGAUGAUGUCACUACAACUUCCGCAACUCCCAAGCCCACCUCAACUUCUUCUUCUGCGAAGAAGACCCACACUGCCACGGCGACGGACGACUGUAAGAGUAAAGAGUGGUUUGGGUUUAUCUGUGUGGAUCCUUCACCUACGACCAAGGGUGUCCCUAGCGUUACGAGUGUUCCUCCAUCUGCAAAGACGAGGAUUUGCGCUAGUAGGCAUUGGUAUGGUAGCUGCAAGGAGUGGGUGAUUGAGGAUGGAUGGGGAUUCAAGAAUGACCUGAAGCGAUAA